AUGGCACAAGAAGAGACAAUUUCCAUUUAUAGAGUAAGGUUUGAAACAAUGGUGUCUGUAAAAGAUGGGAAGCAUACAACUACUACUAGGUAUGCUAGAUUCCUCAAACCAUGUGCUGAUAAUGUCGACCAAGCUAUUAACGUUCCAAAUACUCCAUUGUUGUCUGAAAAUUUCUCUCAUAAUAGCACAUCAUGGCCUUUAAAGGUUCUUUUUAAGAGCUGGGUAAGACCUCAUGAGAAAUGGGAGGAAUGGAUUGAUCGCUUGGCAAGAAAGCAUGGAGACAUUUGGAAUCAAACCUGUAUCUAUGAUUCCAUCUUGAGCUUUACAUAUCAGAUUCAUUGUAAUCGCAAUUUGAUACUUGGGUUAGCAAAGUUUUGGUGCUUGGAGACUAACACUUUUAUUUUUCCAUGGGGAGAAGCAACAAUCACUCUUGAAGAUGUUAUGCUAAUUGGUGGGUAUCUAGUCACCGGAGAGCCUGUAACAAGUCCUCUAACGAAAGCAUUAAUGAAGGUAGAAGGAGCUAUGAAAGAAAAGCGAAACGAAUUGCUAAAUACCAGGGCAAAGAAAACCACCCACUUUGCUUGGAUGAGGCACUUCAUGGAUGUUGAAACUGAAAUAGAACAAGUUGCAUUCCUCGCAUUGUGGCUGUCAAGGUAUGUCUUUCCUUCUCUGCCUGGGGAUACCCUAAGAAAGGAAGUUUUUCCUCUAGCAAUCCAUCAAGCUAAAGGGAAAAAGAUGGCACUUGCCCCUGCAGUUUUGGCAAGCCUCUAUAGGAACUUGAGUUUGUUAAAGUAACAAGCAGUUACUUCUCAGGAAGCAAUAAUUGUUUCAGGGCCACUAC